AUAUUUUGUACAUGGGACCCGAUCUGGUGACAGGUCUAAAGAACUACCUUUUUUACCCUGAUAAUAUACUCUGCAUAUUGGAGGAUGGCGAGAUGAUAUCCGAGAAGGAACUUGACAAACUUGUAAAACAAGAUAUGGAGAGACUGGAAGUGUUAGCGGUCGGGAAGGUGACAAAAAAGAAUAGGAGAUCGAAGAAGCAGAAUAAAUAG